AGUCGAAUAAUAGAAGCGAUACGGUUGGAGAAGGAUUUUAAUUGUACUGCAAAGUAGUGAAGGUAUUGUGCAUUUGUUUAUGUGAUGCGCAUGCGAUAUCUAUCUAUAAUUGUGUCGAGUUCCAUAAUUGUUACGAUUUUGGCAUAAUGUCACAAAAACGUAAAAUUGAUAGUGAGUGCAGAGCUUUACAGCCUAAAUGGGAAAUUGCAUAUUUUUUCAUGGAAUGGAAAGGCUAUGCAAGUUUCAAAUGUUUCUCAUGCGUUGGUGGGCCAAACACGAAAUGUGCGCGAGAACUAAGUCAAGACGAAACGGAAAAUUGUGAAACACAAUGUUUUGAAACAUAUAUAGAGUAUCAAAGUGGUGUAUUUCCGUUGGUAGAACGUAGAUGCUGGGAUAAACCUGCAAAUACUAAUAAACGGAAUUAUUGUGAAUGGUUACCAUCUCAAUCAAGAAUUUUAAACACCAACGCUACAAUAAAAAGUUGUUCGACUUGUGAGUCAUCUAAAUGUAAUAAUAACCAAAAACUUGCUCCAGUAAAGCCGACCUGCAAAGCCUGAUAUUGUUUUUAGAAUGUUUAUUCAUUUUAUGUAAAAUAUCAAAUAUAUUUGAAACGUA